CACCCUCUCCUCCUCCACCCCAACACACCGCCCAGUCCGCCCCCGCCUUAAACCCGUUUCCGUCAUGACUCCCGCGUCCACCUCCCCUCUCGCCGCCGCCGCCGCCCGGCCCAAGCCCUUGAGGCCCUCUUUCCGGCGCCGCCUCCCGCGAGUCUCCUGUCAGGUGACCCCAGACCGCCCGGCUGGCGGCGGCAAUGCGUCGAGCGCCUCGCCGGCGCCGCAGCCGAGGUGGCGCGCCGCGGUCUCCGCCGCGCUCGCGGCGGCCGUUGUCGCCGCCAUGCCGGCAUACGCGGACCUGAACAAGUUCGAGGCCGAGCAGCGGGGCGAGUUCGGCAUCGGCUCCGCCGCGCAGUUCGGCUCGGCCGACCUCAAGAAGGCUGUGCAUGUCAACGAGAACUUCAGGCGGGCAAACUUCACAGCUGCUGAUAUGAGGGAGUCGGAUUUUAGUGGUUCCACAUUCAAUGGUGCCUAUCUUGAAAAGGCUGUUGCUUAUAAAGCAAAUUUCACUGGUGCUGAUUUGAGUGAUACUUUAAUGGAUCGCAUGGUUCUGAAUGAAGCUAACCUUACAAAUGCAAUUCUUGUACGGUCAGUCCUCACACGUAGUGAUCUCGGUAGAGCAAUCAUUGAAGGUGCUGACUUCAGUGAUGCUGUUAUCGACCUAUCACAGAAACAGGCUUUAUGCAAAUAUGCAAGCGGGACCAACCCCUUAACAGGGGUAAGCACCCGAAAAAGCCUAGGAUGUGGCAACAGCCGUCGAAAUGCAUAUGGGAGCCCUUCGUCCCCUCUGUUGAGUGCCCCACCACAAAAACUUCUUGACCGCGAUGGUUUCUGUGACUCAGCUACUGGUAUGUGCGAUGCAAAAUGAGAGAGGAUUGAUUCAACAUACCACAGAAACUGAGCACUGGACGCUGUAUAUAAAUUGGAGAUUGGGUGAAAGACAGUGCAGAAUAGUGCAGAGAAACGAAGUGGCUUUUCUUUUCCUUUUGCUAGCGUUGUAACAUUGCAACGGAAUCAGGUAAACUUCGGGAUGUAGAUGAGAUAUGGGCGCUGAGGAUUGGAUGCCGUAUAUAGCAUAGUAUGUAUAUGAAACUCAUGCUCAAAAGAACUGGCCCCUGCUUCGUUCUGAAUCACAUGCAUGCCUAUCCAAAAAUAGCAGUUAAGUGCAGGAUCUGUCACUCUGUCAGUAAAUAAACUUUCCACUCCAUUUCAACUGAA